UCGACCCGUGACCAAGAACCUUCUGACCAUCUCAGAUCAGGUCUACAUCAAGCCUGAACCUUUGGGAGUAGUGCUGGUCAUUGGGGCCUGGAACUACCCCUGGGCUGUCACCAUCCAGCCCCUUAUAGGAGCUAUAGCUGCAGGUAAUUGGGGUUUAUUGAAGACGGUUGAUCUGUGUGGGGUCAUUGGAGUGCAUUGACGUUUGCUUGAAAAGGUUAUGUACAUCAAAUUAACUUGCCAAAUGCAUCUUUGUGAGCAUGACAUGCAUUCUGCAUACACACAAAUUGCUUGUAUUUAGUGGCCUGCCUGAUACAUUAUGUGCCUCUAAAUACUUCACCAGUAAUAGUUGACAAAAAAAUUAAUAUUCUGUUAUUAUUCACUCACCUCUUGUCGUUACAAAUGCAUAUGACUUUCGGGGGCCUGGGUAGCUCAGUGCUAAAAGACGCUGGCUACCACCCCUGGAGUUCGCUGGUCCGAAUCCCAGGGCAUGCUGAGUGACUCCAGCCAGGUCUCCUAAGCAACCAAAUUGGCCCGGUUGCUUGGGAGGGUAGAGUCACAUGGGGUAACCUCCUCGUGGUCGUUAUAAUGUGGUUCGUUCUCGGUGGGGCGCGUGGUGAGUUGAGCAUGGAUGCCGCGGUGGAUGGCGUGAAGCUUCCACACGCGCUAUGUCUCCGUGGUAACACGCUCAACAAGCCACGUGAUAAGAUGCGCGGGUUGAUGGUCUCAGACGCGGAGGCAGCUGGGAUUUGUCCUCCACCACCCAGAUUGAGGCGAAUCACUACGUGACCAUGAGGACUUAAAAAGCACAUUGGGAAUUGGGCAUUCCAAAUUGGGAGAAAAAGGAAAAAAAUAAAUAAAUAAUAAUAAAAAAAAAUACAUAUGACUUUCUUUCUUUUGUGGAAUACAUUUUGAAGAAUUGUUCUGCAUGGAUAUUUUUUCCAUGCAUUCACAAUGAAUGGGGACUGAGGCUUUCAAGGUUAAAAAAUUACAGAAAAACGUAACAAAGGUACCAUAAAAGUGAUCCAUAUGACUUGUGGGCUACAUUCCAAGUGUUAUGAGGUGAUAUGAUUGCUUUAUGUGAGGAAGAGACCAACAUUUACAUUAUGUCAUAGGGGUUUGGAACAACAUGAGGAUGAGUAAAUGAUGAUAUAAUUUUCAUUUGUGUGUGAAAUUAUGCUUAGGAAAAUGUUAUAAAUGAGUCAUUUGUCUUGCUUAUUUUAUUGGAUCACAGCAUAGAUUGACAAAUAGAAAAAAAAUCACAUUGAUGGAAUUUACAUUUUACGACAGGUUUUUUUAAUUGAUUCUGUACUUUGUCCUAUUUUUUUGAUACUGCCCUGAGCUAACAGACCAAAGUACAAUUCUCGAGUCACUAUCAACAGUGCCAAAGCUGGAGGUUGAUUUCACCUAAAAGUGGCUCUGUGGCGCUAUCAAAACAUUCCUCUGUUUGUUUGAGCAUCCUGACCAGUCGAACACGGCAACACUGACUCGAACAAUGAUGUAAUGCAGCUGUGGUCAAGCCAUCUGAAGUCAGUGCUCACACUGCCAAAGUAAUGGAGGAUCUCUUACCUUUAUACUUAGACAAGGAGAUGUACCCUGUCAUCACCGGUGGGGUGACAGAGACCCAAGAGCUGCUCAAGCAACGGUUUGAUCACAUCUUCUACACUGGAAAUGGCACAGUGGCUAAAAUCAUCAUGGAAGCAGCAGCCAAACAUUUAACCCCUGUUACGCUAGAGCUGGGGGGAAAGAGCCCAUGCUACAUCGACAAGAACUGUGACCUCGCUGUUGCCUGCCGACGAAUUACAUGGGGGAAGUAUAGUAACUGUGGUCAGACCUGCAUUGCUCCAGAUUACAUCCUCUGUGAUCCUAGCAUUCAAGACAGAGUGAUUGAAGAGAUCAAGAAGAAUAUUAAGGACUUCUAUACUGAGAACCCCCAAAAAUGCCUGGAUUAUGGACGCAUCAUCAACCAGCGGCACUUCAAGAGAGUGAUGGCAAUGCUGGAGGGCAGCACCAUCGCUGUGGGGGGAGAAAACGACGUGUCAGAUUGCUACAUUGCUCCAACAGUUUUAAGGGACGUGAAGCCAGAUGCAAAGGUGAUGCAGGACGAGAUCUUUGGGCCUCUGUUGCCCGUCCUGACUGUGGGCAGUGCAGAUGAAGCCAUCAAAUUCAUCAAUGAAAGAGAGAAACCCCUUGCACUCUACAUCUUCUCUUCAGAUAACAAGCUGAUUAAGCGAAUGAUUGCGGAGACCUCUAGUGGUGGAGUUGUGGCCAAUGACUGCUUGAUGCACUUCUCAGUCAGCUCUUUGCCCUUUGGUGGAGUUGGUAACAGUGGGAUGGGCUGCUAUCAUGGCAAGUUCACCUUUGAUCAGUUGAGCCACCUGCGCGGCUGUCUUAUCAAACAGCUGAAGAUGGAGGCGGUAAAUAAAAUGCGUUACCCACCACAUACAGCAGAUAAGCUGGGCUGGGCGCGCUUUUUCAUACUCAAACAGGUCGACUUUGGCAGUCUGGGCCGUAUGGCACUGCUGGCUCUGCUGGCAGUCUUUUUUGCUGUGAUUUUACAGGUAAUAGACCAUCAGACACAUCAUUAUAGUGCAGAUUUUUUAGUUUAGUUAAAGGGGCUUGAGUCAUAAAUUUUACGGAUAUUAUUUAGUUCUUUAAAAAAAUAUAUCAAAGUAUAAAAGUGUUUAUUAAUAUAAUAUAAUACUUUUUGUAUUGUUUCUGAUCCUGUACAUAAUUCUAAUAUUUUUUACUAUGCCCUAAAAAAGUAAUAAACCAAGAGAGGCCAUGAGUUACAUAUAAUAUUAAUUAAUUAUGGUAUUUAUUUAUUCAUUAUAUAUAAAAACGUGUUUAUAAAACUAUUAGGUGUUCAUAUAUUAUAUAAUUUAAUUUAUUAUUUUUUUAAUUGUUUUUGAUCCUGUACAUAAUUCUAAUCUUUUUUACUUUUACCCCAAUAACCCAAGAGAGGUUUUGGGUUGCCACCUAAAAUUAUUUAGUAUUUUUAUUUAUUUAUUUAUUUUAUGUAUUUAUUUAUUUAUUUUUAUUAAUAACAUUAACAACAUUAAAAGUGUUUAUACAAGUAUUACAAUUUUAAGUGUUUAUAAAUAUAUAAUAAAAUAGAAUAGAAUAGAACAUAAUAUUAUAGCAUAAUAUUUUUCCCUAUGCCCAAAUAAAGCAAUAAACCAAGAGAGGCUGUGUAAUGUAAUAUUUAAAACAAAUUGUUAAUAAAAGUAUACAAAGUCUAAAGGUGUUAAUAAAUAUAUAAUAUAAUAUAAUAUAAUGUAAUGUAAUAUAAUAUAAUGUAAUAUAAUAUAAAAUAUCACUAUUUGUAUUGUUUCUGAUCCUGUACAUAAUUAGAAUUGUUUUUGGCUGUGCAUUACAUAUAAUAUUAUUUACUAUUUUUUGGGUUUUUUUUUAUAAACAAAUAGUUAAAAAAUAUAUAUUUUUAAGUGUUUAUACUGUACAUUUAUAAUAUAAUAUAAUUAAGUAUAUAAUAUAAUAUAAGACUUUUUUUUUUUAUCGUUUCUGAUCCUGUACAUAGUUUUAAUAUUUUUUCUGUGCUGAAAUAAAGCAAUAUACCAAGA